AUGGUACUGGUGGCCUUGCUUGGACUCAGCUGGUUCUGUUCACCCCUGGGAGCUCUGGUUCUGGAUUUCAACAACAUCAAGAGCUCUGCUGAUGUGCAAGGUGCUGGGAAGGGCUCACAGUGUGCAUCAGACAAGGACUGUAACAUAGGAAAAUUCUGCUUUGAGCUGCAUGAUGACAAGUCAUUCUGUGCCACAUGCCGCCGAGUUCGAAGGAGGUGCCAGAGGAGUGCCAUGUGCUGCCCAGGAACGGUCUGUGUGAAUGAUGUCUGCACUGCUGUGGAAGACACAAGGCCAGUAAUGGACAGAAACACUGAGGAGCAAGUUGGUACCUAUGCAGAAGGAACCAGCAAAUGGCCCACGGAGGAAAACAGACCUCAGGGGAAGCCCAGUACUAAGAAAUCACAAAGCAGUAAGGGACAGGAGGGAGAAAGCUGUCUGAGAACUUCCGACUGUGGCCCAGGACUUUGCUGUGCUCGACAUUUUUGGACAAAAAUUUGCAAGCCAGUUCUACUAGAGGGACAAGUCUGCUCCAGGAGAGGGUAUAAAGACACUGCCCAAGCCCCGGAAAUCUUCCAGCGCUGCGACUGUGGUCCUGGACUGUCGUGUCGAAGUCAGGCAACUGGUAACCGGCAACAGACAAGGCUAAGAGUGUGCCAAAGAAUAUGAGUUGUAAAAACAUGGGACUCCUCGUGCUCACACAG